AUGGCGUCUGUCUCGACUGCAGGAGAGGCUGUGGCCCGAAUUGCCCACUUGACCUCCGACGUGAUUGUGUCGGUCGUGCCUUCUUUGACGACCGAAUCCGAGUUCUCCGAGGCACUGCGCGGACUCCAAAAGCACAAUGCGCCCAGCGUUGUCUGCAAGACGCAGCCAGAGAUCCUCACUGUCCGCCAAAACGCGGAUCCGCUCCUUUCAGUCUUCCAGCCCAUUCGCGCAGGCAAACUCACCAGCGUGACCACGACCUCGUCCAUCCUCGUAAAAUCGAUACCGCACCUCUACAAACUCGCCCAAUACCCCGUUGUCCUUCAUGUGUCGGUGGCACCUUCAGGUUACCCCGACUUCUCCGACAUCACCUCCAUCAGACAGUGCGGAUUCGCCUUCAUUCAGUCGGAGACACUACAGGAAUUGCAGGAUCUUGCUUUGACAGCCCAUGCUUUGGCUAUCAAGUCUGGCAAGGGUGUCAUUCACUUCUUCGAUGCUGGCGCAACCGCCUUUAAGAAGGCUGUUGAGGUGGAAGAUGCCGAUCUGGUGCGAAGUGUCAUCGACUUAGACGCGGUCGCGGCUUACCAGAACUCGAAAUCGGAUGAGACGACUCUAUAUGCAGACGACGGCAGGUCAUCUACCUUGUCCUUUGCUCGGAGCCAAGUCGUGAACGCUGUCCCAACAGCAGUGCCAGCAACUGCUCCUGAGCAGGCCAAGUCGCUUCCAGUGUCAGAGAGGAACAGCCAGCGAGGUGAUUCUUCUUCAGGCUCAUCACACCGCGAUGCCAGUACUAGCGCUGCGUCUGCCUCUUCCGCAACUACCGUAGAGUCGUUGGUGUCGAAGCCUGUCUCUUCUGAGGACAUCUACCGAUUUGCCACACAGAUUUGGGGAACCAUCAAGGACAUAACCGGACGAAGCUACGACGCAUUUGCUUUUUCCGGAACAGGCACUGAGGAGGCGGCCAUUUUCCUCUUUGGUGCCGACACUGCCGUCUUCGCCACUGAACUUGACAGUGUCGAGGAGACCAAGGCCUAUGCCAACACAGCCAUCAUCACAGCGCGGUUGUACCGUCCCUGGCUGGGCGCAUCGCUUGCACCCAUGCUACCUCGCUCGCUCAAGAGAAUCGCCGUGCUUGAGCAAGUACGGAGAAAGACCACUAGAUGGGGACCUGUUCUCCUCGACCUGCUCAUGUCCUUGAAGUCAACUGGUGGCGCGUCACCCGUUGUUGUUGGAUAUCAGUUGGGAUACAUCAACGAGGAGACCGUCGCCCAAGCAAUGCGUGGUGUGUUCCAGAAUCUCAUGAGUGAGACACCAGUACAGAAUCUUGUCAUCGGCAACCUCGAUGGACCACAAGCACAGGCCGUCAAGGCUGAACAACCAGGGUUAGAGAAUGCCUACAUGAAGAUCUUGAACCAGAUCUUUGGUGACAAACUUCAUAUCGCUAACCAGCUUGGUUCACAGCACGCUGGCGUUUCCAACGACAUCUCCGCCACCCCAGAAUAUGGAUUUGGUUCCCUAGUAGCACGCAAGGAGCACCGGAAGCGACUGGUAGAUGAGGCUGCGGCUGCAGCAAAGGGCAAUGACUUCACCACACCCGCAUCGCAGCAGUGGCUCUCAAAAUGGGCACUCAACGCUGAUGACGGUGACAAGUCUGACGAGAUUGCCCCUGAAGUCAUUGCUCGCUUGAGCACUGAUGGCUCGCCCAUCGCCAACAAGCUUUUGUCGUCAAAAAAGCUUUUCUACAAGGAGUCUCCAUGGUUAGUCGGAUCGGAUGCUUGGGCAUACGAUCUUGGAAACUCUGGUGUACAUCACGUCCUGGCAUCCGGCGAAAACGUCAACAUGCUCAUUGUCGACUCAACCCCUUACUCUGAGCGUGCUGCCGCUGAUGCGGCGAGGCGGAAGAAGGACAUCGGUCUAUAUGCGAUGAACUUUGGUAACGCAUACGUAGCUUCAGUUGCGGUAUACAGCUCCUACACUCAGGUUCUGGAGGCCAUGAUUGAGGCCGACAAGUUCGACGGACCUUCCGUUGUCCUUGCGUACUUGCCGUAUGAGAAGGAAAAUGAUACACCUCUCACUGUUCUUCAAGAGACGAAGAAGGCCGUUGACCUGGGCUACUGGCCAUUGUACCGCUGGAAUCCCCGAGCAGAGGAGAAGGGCGAAGAUAACUUCAAGCUUGACUCCGAACGCAUCAAGAAGGAACUGGAGGAAUUCCUCUCGCGCGACAACUACAUGUCUCAGGUCAUGAAGAGACACCCUGAGUUCUCAUCAAACAUCUCCGGAUCCUACGGAACUGAGGUUAGGCAGCUACAGAAGCGCAAGGCCAAGGACGCGUACAGCAAGCUUCUCGAAGGCCUGCAAGGCGACCCAAUGACCAUUCUUUUCGCUUCCGACAACGGUAACGCUGAGAACCUAGCGAAGCGUCUGGGAAACCGAGGCAAGGCCAGGGGACUCAAGACCAUGGUCAUGGCCAUGGACGACUUCCCGAUCGAAGACUUGCCCAACGAGCAGAACGUCAUUUUGAUGACCAGUGUUGCUGGCCAGGGAGAGUUCCCGCAGAACGGUCGCACUUUCUGGGAAACCGUCAAGGACUCCACUGAUCUAGAUCUCGCAACAGUGAACUUUGGUGUCUUUGGUCUCGGCGACAGCCACUACUGGCCCCGUAAAGAAGACAAAAUCUACUACAACAAGCCCGCCAAGGAUCUCCACGCGCGUCUACUUGCCCUUGGCGGUAAGCCCAUGGUCGACUGUGGUCUUGGAGAUGACCAAGAUCCAGACGCUUAUCAGACUGCAUAUGCCGAUUGGGAGCCAAAGCUCUGGGAGAAACUUGGCGUUGCCAACGUAGAGAACCUACCAGAGGAGCCAGCGCCGCUUACCAAUGAGGACAUGAAGGCUGCUUCAAACUUCCUUCGAGGUACUAUCGAAGAAGGCCUAGCUGACACCAGCACUGGUGCGAUCUCGGCAAGCGACCAACAACUAACCAAGUUCCACGGUACAUAUAUGCAGGAUGACCGUGAUCUCCGUGACGAGCGCAAAGCACAAGGUCUUGAGCCUGCGUACUCGUUCAUGAUCCGAUGCAGACUUCCUGGUGGUGUUUCUACGCCCAAGCAAUGGCUCCAGAUGGACGAGAUCAGCACGAAGCUUGGAAACGAGACCAUGAAGCUCACGACCCGACAAACAUUCCAGUUCCACGGCGUUGUAAAAGGAAAGCUCAAGCCAGCUAUGCAAGCUAUCAACAAGGCCUUGAUGACGACUAUCGCUGCUUGUGGUGAUGUCAACCGAAACGUCAUGUGCAGCUCUCUCCCCACACAGUCAAAGUACCACGCCCAGGUCCAAACCAUCGCCCAGAAGAUCAGUGAUCACCUCCUUCCUUCCACCACCGCCUACCACGAGAUCUGGCUCGAGGAUGACGAGACAAAACAAAAGCGUAAGAUUGCCGGUGAAGCUGUCCAAGACCACGAGCCGCUUUACGGACCUCUUUACCUUCCUCGAAAGUUCAAAAUCACCAUCGCUAUCCCUCCUCACAACGACACCGACGUCUAUGCUCACGACAUUGGUCUCAUUGCAAUCAAGGGCGAAGAUGGAAACCUCGAAGGGUUCAACUUACUUGCCGGUGGUGGUAUGGGUGUAACGCACAACAACAAGAAGACUUACCCAAGGACUGGAACCAUGUUCGGUUACGUCUCUACCGAUCAAGUGCACCUUGUUUGCGAGAAAAUCAUGCUCGUCCAGCGUGAUCACGGCGAUCGUAAGAACAGGAAGCAUGCGCGUCUCAAGUACACCAUCGAUGACAUGGGUGUUGACGUGUUCAUUGGAAAGGUUGAGGAGCUUUGGGGUCAGAAAUUUGCUGAGCCCAAGCCUUUCAAGUUCCAAAGCAACAUCGACACCUUCGGUUGGCAAAAGGACGAGACUGGCCUCAACCACUUCACCCUUUUCAUUGAGAACGGUCGCAUCGAGGAUACUGCUGACUUCCCUAUGAAGACUGGUUUGAUUGAAGUGGCCAAGGCACACAAGGGCGAAUUCCGGUUGACUGGUAACCAGCAUUUGAUCCUCGCAAAUGUCGCCGACGAGGACUUGCCUGCUAUGAAGGAACUACUGAAGAAGUGGAAGCUUGAUAACACCAACUUCUCGGGCAUGAGGCUAUCUAGUUCUGCUUGCGUUGCCUUCCCAACUUGCGGUCUCGCCAUGGCUGAGUCGGAACGUUAUCUACCUGAGCUUAUCUCCAAGCUCGAGGGCACACUUGAAGAGUCCGGUCUUCGCCAAGACAGUAUUGUCAUGCGUAUGACUGGUUGCCCCAACGGCUGCGCGCGUCCAUGGCUCGCUGAGGUCGCUUUCGUUGGCAAAGCCUACGGCGCGUACAACAUGUACCUUGGUGGUGGCUACCACGGCCAAAGGUUGAACAAGCUGUACAGGAGUUCCAUCAAGGAGGAGGAGAUCCUAGAGAUCAUGCAACCAAUGAUCAAGCAAUACGCCAGAGAAAGGAAUGAAGGUGAACACUUUGGUGACUUUGUCAUCAGAAAGGGUUAUAUCAAUGAGACCACGCACGGCACGAACUUUCACGACAACACUGCGGAACAAGAGUCGGAUGCAGAGUAAGCGCAUCAUCGGCAUUGGAAGGAACGGAAUUUUCUGGGUUUUUCGGCUCAUCGCAUUGAAUCUGUCAUGAGUUAUGAUCAUGUUACGGCGUUACGCAGGGCCUCCAGCGUCUAAGGAAAACUUGGUUUACUAUCUCAUGUAUUUCGUAUUACAAAAGGAAUGAUACCACACCGAUUUGGGAUAGUUUUAUCCUCACGUAGCAAA